ACACAAACACACACUGCGUGCCCCUUCAUUGAGAGCAAGGGACGGCAAUGUGCCUCUUGCAGUCACUGAGGUAGGACAAGACUUUUGGGAGAGUUUUACGUGGUGUGAAGAAAGGAGAUUAACUUGUCCCCCCCUCCCCAGGAUUUUCUCAGAGGUGAUUUUCUCAAAGUGACGCUAAACAGAAGAAGGUAGGAUCGCUGGCAAAAGGUACAUUCCACGGGGGGUUUGUGGACAGGUCCCUUUGCAGAGGAUAUGCAGCGCUUUGCUUGUCCUCCCUCUGUACCCGGUACAGACCGCAGUUUUACCUGAGGGUCCAGAGGAGGAGUUCAGUCCGCUCCUUGCCAAAAGCUCACGGCGCUCUCCAAACUUUGCUCUUACUUGCAUUGAGCUGACUGGCAGUGCUAGCAGGACAAAGCCAGGCUGGCUGGGGUGUGUGGGCACCGCACAGAGAGUGGCUAGUUUACCUCGCUUAUUUAAAUGAAGACAUCCUUUCUGGGUUAGUCAUCUCUGAGUCACUGACUGCAUAAAGCAAAAAACGUAAUUUGCAGUUAGUCAGAACCAUAACAAACACUGCAGUUUCUCACUGCUCCUCGUGUGACUGCACACACUCGCCUGAAUGGGAGCAGAAUGAGAUAAAAGCCCAUCAGCUGUGGGUGGUUUUGGAUACUGGUGACUACAGUAGCCCCCCUGGACCAGGGGAGACAGGAUUGGAGCCCUUGGAGCAGAGCAGAGACACACUGGGACUUGCAGCCUUGGGAGACAGGGGUGAACUUUUUACAAGCAAAAGUGUCUUCUUAUCAAGAUUUGUGACUUUAUUUUGCUGAUUUGGGGGCAAAAGUGUCCAGCCAGUGCCAUCAGUUUUGGCAUUUUGACCUUGGAUCAUUGGGUGUGGAAAUUUUGGGAAGGGAACCUUUGAAUUGGGUUUUGGUUUUUUUUUGCUGGUGUUUGAUUUCUGACCUGUAACACAGAAGUCCUGAUCUGGAGCCAUGCCUCAGCUCUCUGGAGCAGGGGGGGGCAAUGGGGGUGGGGGAGAUCCUGAGCUGUGUGCCACAGAUGAGAUGAUCCCCUUUAAAGAUGAAGGGGAUCCCCAAAAGGAGAAGAUCUACGCUGAGAUCAGCAACCCGGAGGAGGAGGGAGACCUCGCAGAUAUCAAGUCAUCUCUGGUCAAUGAGACUGAGAUUAUCCCCAGUAGCAACAGUCACGAGAUUUCCAGAAGAAGACAAGACUCUUAUCAUGAAAAAUCUAGAGAACAUCCAGAAGAUGGAAAACAUCCGGAUGGCGGCUUAUACAGCAAAGGCCCUUCUUAUACUGGAUACCCAAGCUAUAUCAUGAUGCCAAAUAUGAAUAAUGAGCCUUACAUGUCAAAUGGAUCUUUGUCUCCUCCCAUUCCAAGAACAUCAAACAAAGUCCCAGUGGUGCAGCCAUCACAUGCCAUCCAUCCUCUAACACCACUCAUUACUUAUAGUGACGAGCACUUUGCACCGGGAGCACACCCUUCACAUAUCCCAUCAGAUGUCAACUCAAAGCAAGGCAUGCACAGGCAUCCUCAAGCCCCAGACCUCCCUACAUUUUACCCUCUGUCGCCUGGAAGUGUGGGCCAGAUGACACCACCAUUGGGCUGGUAUCCGCACCAUAUGGUUUCUGGUCCUCCGGGCCCUCACGCAACUGGAAUUCCUCACCCAGCUAUUGUCAAUCCUCAGGUUAAACAAGAACAUCCACACAAUGACAAUGACCUAAUGCACAUGAAACCUCACCACGAACAGAGAAAAGAGCAGGAACCCAAAAGACCUCACAUAAAGAAGCCUCUGAAUGCUUUCAUGUUGUAUAUGAAAGAAAUGAGAGCGAAUGUAGUAGCAGAAUGUACUCUCAAAGAAAGUGCUGCCAUCAACCAGAUUCUGGGUAGAAGGUGGCAUGCAUUGUCUCGGGAAGAACAGGCCAAAUAUUAUGAGUUAGCUCGCAAAGAAAGGCAACUACACAUGCAGCUUUACCCAGGAUGGUCUGCAAGGGACAACUAUGGUAAAAAAAAGAAGAGGAAGCGGGAGAAGCUGCAGGAAUCCACAUCAGGUGCAGGCCCACCAAGAAUGACAGCUGCCUACAUCUGAAGCAUGGAGGAAAGAAGAAUGCACUCUCAACAUGUAAAACAAAGGCAGCAAGCACAGGAGGCCUUCUGGAGAUGGGCGCUUGUUAAAUUUACCAUCGCCUCCAUAACCAGCACCGCUAUUCCCCUAGGAGCCUGCCAAUGACAUUGAUCAGUCAGCGCGAGAGACAAUGUAUCGCAUAGACAAUCACUGCCUAAACUCCUGGCACCCCUGGCAUCGGCCUGGCCUCACACACCGCCACUAGAUCCAUACCACCCAGACAGAAAGACUUGGAUUGUUAGCAGAGGAGCAACUUCCCUCCUGUUCCCCCAAUCCCAUCUGGUGAAAUCCGUGUGUACGUGACGCACCCCACACCGCUGAGCGUGCUGACCUUGGACAUGUAACAUGGAGGAGGCAAACAUCUUUUAUUUAAAAACGGAGCAAAUGGAUCAACUGUUAUUUGUUUUUUUUUUUGUUUUGUUUUUUUACCAUGUUAUUGUUUAUUCUCCAUAAAACUUGAAUGCUUUUAUAUAUCAGAUUUUAGGAACGAUGUAUAUUUUAUUAGGGGUAUAAAUCAUCUUUUCCAGCAAAAACAAAAAAAACAAACAAAUAAGAACUUUCUUCUCUGGAUUUUUUUUCUAAGAAAUCUGUUUUGUUUGUGUAGCUUGUGAAAUUGCCCACGUGGAACUCCCAUCAGUCUGUGCUGCUCAGAGCCCACACCUAUAUUGUCUGAGGCUUUCCUGCAAUGGGAAUAGGAGUUGUAGCCCUCAGGACAUAUAGAAACAUGCCAACAGUGAGACAGCUGCUAUAUACAGAAGGGUAUCUCCCAUACAGUAUGGCCUUACUGGGAAGGUGCAAAUGCAUCACAGCUCCUUGGGGAGUGCAGCAAGUGACCAAUUGCAUACUGCUAUCAUGAUAUACAUGGCCAAGUUGAAGCUUUCAAUGCCAGUUAAAUAUAGCAGUUAUUAAUUAAGAUUGUCUUCAGCUCCGGACUGUGGUAUUCAACAUGCCACUCCCCCAGACAAUUGGUACUGCAAGCAGGCAAUAAGUACAGUGGGAUAGAUCUGCCCCUGUUGUUGCCCAUGGCUGGCCUGCCUUAUCAUUGGCAUGUUCAGUUGGGCAGUUUAUAGGUUCCCCAGAAAACCGAGGGUGCAGCUGAGUAUCACAUUUCAUAAGUUACUGCAAUUGUGCCGAAGCUGAAAAAUGUUGUGUCUUUCCCGCAAAACACAAGUGUAAGACUCCCCAUCUUUUUUAUAUGUAAUUAACAUUCUGUCUUUUUAGUUGGUGUUAUAUAAUGUCAGGCACAUAUUUAAUGUCAAACUUGGCCUGCCCAUUCUCACCUGAUGCCCAUUCUGUAAAUGGACGUGCCAAUCCCGAUGUUUAUUCCUUCCUGCCAUGAAAAAGAAAGCCCAGCACUUGGAUUCAUUGUAACGAUGUAAAUUGUACUGUAUCGUAUUUGUUUUUGUAUGAUUUCUUUUGCUAGCCUUUAGUGGGAUUUGAUGCCAGUUGUGGAAUAAAACAGACCUAUUGAUGUCUCCCUAUUUCAAACAGGACACAGACUUUGCCAAAAUGAAACUGUCAACAAAAUCCUUUUUUUGCCAUUCCAGUUGUGCUGAGCAGAUGUUUUUAAAAGGCUUUUUAAUAAAAUGUUCAAAAAGAAAAUA